UUUCAUAAAUUGCACCUAAGUUUAUAAGUAAAGGAGACGCAUAAUUGUGCCCGAGAGAUGUUUUCGCAUCUUUGACAGGUGCCGUUAACCACUAUAGCUUCGUUUUGUUGUAUACGAACAAACUGAUCCAUUUUGCGCUGAAAAGAAUACAGUGCAGAGGUAGAGGCGAUGUCUUCAGAGUUCUAAAGUAUAUACAUAACCUGAAUACCCUAGAAACACAAUCUAAGCGUCAUUUUACGGAAGCUUGACACUUGUUUACAGAGAAUGGAAGAAGAUGAUGACAGUUGGGCUGAAAACAUGGAGGAGGCGACAGACCUCUCGAGCCUCAAACUCCAGACUGAAGGGCUUCUCAACAAAAUAGAAAGAAAGCAAGAACACCUAGUGGAGUUCCUCACUUCGAUCAACAAAGAGAAUGAAGUUAACAGAAAGUCCCUGAAUCAGCUCGAGGAAGUUAAGAGCUGUUUUAAGGAUGGAAAGAAAUCAAAAGCAGAGGUACGAGUUCUGUAUGAAAGGAUCAAGGAAAGAUUCCAAGAUAUCCAGGAUAAACAAGAAAGAAUUGAGAUUUGUCUUGAAGUUAUCGACGAGAAAAAAGAAAAACUAGUAGAUUUGAAGAAUGAAGUUGCAAAACAUGCGGAAGAAAACAAUGAAGAGGAGUUAGAUCGACUGAUAGAAGACGUCAAGAGCUGUUUUGAUCACAUUAUGGCAAAGUUCCGAGAAUGCAAAAAGUUGAAGAUUUCGCUGUCCAAGUCUAAACUAGAAGAAAUCAGCCAAUCGGCAAAAUGCUGGGAGAAGGCAGCCGAGGUUGCGAAGGAGUUGACCAAAGAACUCAAAGUGCUUCGUGAACAGCUCGAAGAGAAAGAGUCAAUCAUUGACUCCACCGAGGGUGAGCUAGAAGAUGAGAAGGAAAAGUGCAAGGAAGCCGAAGAAAAUGUAGAACAGCUGAUGCACAAGUUUGACAAGGAGGAGAAAAGCAAGGAAGAGCAAGCAUUCCUCAUAAACUCCAUUCGAGGGCUGUUGGACGAAAGUGAGAAGCUUGUACGUAACCUCGAAGCUCAGAACAAAAAUUUGACGGAGACAAUUACCGAAGAGAGAACACGAGUGAAUGAGCUAAGAGGAAAAGUGAGUCUUUUACAGGAAAGGGUAGAGCAAGAGAAGAAAAAUAACCGCAGCCUCGAGUUUCAGAUGGAGCAACUGAAAACAAAGUUCUCUGAAGCAAGGAGUCUUAAUGAGGGGUAUGAACGAGAUAUGCGAAUGAUCAGAGAGGAGUUGUUAGCUAUACGAGAGAUUAGAGAUGUUCCUGCAAAGCGCAAGAAAUUCCGCAAACAACAGGCUGAGCAAGCUGAAGCAGAGUCAUCGUCGUCUGAGAGUUCUGAGGAUUUGGAAGAGAAGAUGAAGAUGAAGGAUAAACUCCUAGAAGACAAGUACAUUGAAAAUCAGAGACUCGAAGCCGAGGUGUGGAAAAGCGCGGAACGGAUCAAGGUCUUAGAAGAAGAGAUACUCUGGCGAGCGGAGAAAAUUAACGCCUUGAUUAGCGAUCUGCAGAAGAAGGAAAAUAGUCUUGAGGAAAUGACGGAGCUACUCAAGGACACGCAAACAAGACUGCAGUCGGAAAAACUUGUCAAAAAUGAGUACAUUAUAAAGUGUGAAAUUCUUGAGGGGAAGUUGGCGAUGCUAGAAAAGGAUGACGACAGAGAUUCGGCACAACAAGAGGAAAAGGAUGGCUUACUGAGGGAGAUAGAGAAACUAACCAUGAUGCUGCAGGAGGAGAGAGAUAAGUCGGAAGAAAGUUCCGCUCUCGUAGAGGACUUAGAGGAGCAACUAGCUGCCGAAACACAGUACAGUGAUAUCAUAAGGUCGAAGUCUAUAGAGAAUAUUGCCAUGGCUGAGCGAGAAAACAAGCAACUUAUGACUAUCGUGGAAGAUUUGCGACAAAGUCUGGCAGAGAAGGACAUCGGGAUUGAAGAUCUCAUCAUGCGAUGCGCAGUCGAAGAGUUGAAGCUUCGUGAAGAAAUCGCAUCCCUUAGCAGUCACGUCCAAAUUCGUAAGCGCGACAGUAUCUUCAAGGCUAGGGUAAUACAAAGGUUGAGGAAGGAAGUGGUAGCUUUGAAGCGAGGGCUUGGACCAGUUAGCGAGGACGAGGAAGACGACAAUGAGACAGACGAACUUGAAAAGCUGUUACAAGAGGAACGGGUUCGCGCAGAGAAGUACGAAGAUGCCCUGACAGCCUUGAACAAACAGUACGAGGAAACAGAGAAUCAGAUCAGGGAGAAAGACCUUGAGCUUUCAAGGAAAUCGGCUGAAGACGGUCAAAGAAUUGCAGAGCUCUUGCAAGAAUUAGACUUCAAUAAGACUGCGUUUGAAGGAUAUGAAACCCAGAUAAGAAGGCUAGAAGAAAUUAUGUUUCUGCAGGAACGUAUUGAAAUGAAGGAAUCUGAAGAGAUGGAAGGGGAAUUAGAAAAGAAAAAAGACGAAUACGCCACUGAGACCCUCAAGAGAAAAGACGACAUCAUACAAGAGCUCAAGCAAAAGGUAGAGACACUAAGUACUGAACUAGCAACCGAAAAGGAAAGCCAGAAGCGUAAAGAAGCAUUAAUUGGCGACCUUAACGAAGCAAACAAUCACGAUCUAAAGGAAAUCAAAGAGCUUCACCGUGAAAUAGUACGACUUGAAGAUCAAAUCCAUGAGCUCACGGAGAAGGUGGAAGAAGGUCAAAAGCUUAUCGCUGAGGUGGAGGGUAUCGCUGACAGAGAAAGAAUGCGAACACUGGCUCUGGAGGAGCUGCUUGCUAUUGACAAGAAGGGGAGCACUGGGCAUUUAGAGACGAUGGAAGAGUUAAAGAGAAAGGUGGAGACGUAUCAGGCUAAUGUGGGUGAACUGAAAAGGAAGGUGGAUAGAAUGAGGAUAGAACUUCAUCGCAGACCACAAGGGGAUGACGACGACGAAGAAGGAAUUUCUAGUAAACAGAGAUACGGCCCAAUAAGACGACUUCACGAAAAAUUAUCAUCACAAAAAACAACUAUUCAAGACUUAAAAGCAAACAUGAAUGAGGUGGAACGAAGAAACGAAAAGUUGGAUGAGCAGCUACAAAAACAGAAGGACAGGAAUGAUGAACAAGAUGAAAAGAUAAAUCUUUUAUUUGCAAAAUCUUUAGAAUGCGAAGACGUUAUUGGAAGGAUGAUGGAAAAGCUUGAACUAAUGAGAGAGAGGUACAUAGGGCUGAGCGGAAUGAGUGAAGAGGAUCUGCCAGAGGAAAAUAAUGGAAAGGAAGGUGUACUUGCAAGGGAGACAAUCUUCAGACAGCCCGAGAACAUUCCAGGAAAACGCCCGACUCCAGUCCAGGAAGAUCGAUCACUCAAAGAGCGCGAGGAUGCUGAUGAGGAGGUUAUUGUACCAGAAAUAAGAGCAGCGAUGCCGCUGACUGUUGCUUAUUCGGAUCUCAUGAGUAGCGAGACCGGGAGCGAUUCAUCGAGUGCAGAGAUAGGCGCGAAACAAUCUGAAGAGGAAAGGCAGGAAUCUGACGCUUCUGUGUACUUUGAAAGCAGAGGUAAGAGCCAAACAGAAAUAAGAGCUGAAGUACAAGAAAGUAUCAAUCAAAUUCCUUAUGAUCCUAUGCUGAUAGAACACUUGAUCAUGUUUGAGCAAGUCUUUGAGAACAUAUUCACGGAAGAGGGGCGAAGAAUAACCAUGGUUCUUGAGAAAUUCCAGGGAAUAAUAGAUAAGAACGCGGAGUUCUUUGUAAUCUUACAAGACUUGAAGAAGAACUUAAAUGAGACACGAGAAGCCAACGAAAUGAAGACAAGCCGAAUAAGAGAAUUGGAAGAUAGAAUAGAGAAAAUGAAACGAAAGGGGACAGAGGACAGUGAAAAAUUCAUGAAAGAAGUUUCCGAGAAAGAGAAAAAACUCAUCGCAAUGGAAGACAAACUACAAGAGUGCAAUAAAACUAUCGAGGAGCUAUCUGCAAACGUCAGGUCCAGCCAGGAAACAAUAGAAUCACUUUCCCAGAUGCUCCGCCAAGAGAAAAACAAAUUUUCAUUCAAAGAAGCGUUAGUGAAUGAGCUCGAGCAAAGACUUGAACAGGAACGGAAGGUCACAGAGCAGAUAAGCAAAGCGCUCGAAGAGGAAGAAGAACGCACGUUACAGCUGAGUGAAGUGUUGACUGCUGAACAGGUGAAGGGAGUACAUAUGCAAGACAGCACAUCCCAGGUUCAGAACAAACUCCACGAGCACGAGGAAAGAAACAGAGAGCUUAGUGACAGGCUGGAAGAAGAGAUGAACCUUGUGAACCAACUGAAGGAAAGUCUAGCAGUAGAGCAAAUGGUAAAGAUCGAAUAUCAGGAAGAGCUUGAGAAACUUAAAGGCCAACUGAUGGAGGAACGGGAGGUGGCCGAGAGACUCCGGGAAGAGCUUGGCUAUGAUAAGAAUUCACGAUACGAGGCCGAAGGCAAGCUUUCACAACUUGAGGAAGAGCUCUAUGCCAAGCAUAAGGCCAUUGAAGAGAUGCAAGAGGAGCUCGAGACUGAAAGAAAGUGCUAUAGGAUUAUGAGCGAGAGACUUGAAGCAGAACAUAGCACAUUGCGAGAGCUUGAAGAAAAGGCUCGAAGAACUGAGGAAGUAGCCGUGAAAGAGAAGAUCAUCGUAGAGGAGCUUAGCACCGCGCUGAAUGCAGAACAAGAAAACAAACAAAUAUUUGCUACCAAGCUGGAGAAAAUUGAACAGGAAACCAAGUACAAAGACGAAGAGAUUGGCAGCUUGGUCUCUCAGCUCGGAGACGAGAAAAACAAGAUUGAAAAUCUUCUUGCAGAUAUUGACGUAGAGCGAAUGGCCAAGUCAAAGGUUGAGGCAAAGUUAAAAGAACUUGAAGAGCACAUUAACAGGGACGAGCAACUGUUUGAGGAAUUGCGAGAAAAUAUUGAUUCGGAAAGUGGACGUAACCGAGAGCUCUCCGAACUCUUGGAUAAAGAAAGGAUGAAGAAUGAAGAUCUUGAAGAGAAACUAAAAGAGUUGGAGAAACAAGUACUUUCUGAUGUCCAGCUGUUUGACGAGCUACGAGUUACAAUUGAACGUGAGCGUGAAAACAACAGAGAGUUAAGCGAGCUCCUCAAAAGUGGCGGCGAGUUCAACAAUCGCGACAGCCUAUUAGCUGAGCUGGACGUCAUGGUGACGGAAUUAAAAGACGACUUGGAGAAGGAGAGGCGGAGUAAUCGGCAGAUACGGGAUGAAAUGAGGAAAAUCCAGGACGAGAGCGCUGCUACCGAGAGCCUGCAGGAGAUCCUGAACUCGCAAAUUAUUCAUACCUCAGAGCUGAAGGAUAAACUUGAGAGUGAAUCUGAAAGGAGAGCAAGGCUAGAAGAGUACAACAGGGAGUACGAAAAUAAGGUUGGGCAUCUUCAAAGAGCUCUGUCGAAGGUGAGGGAACUCUCAGCUAAGGUGACAAGAGAACUCGAGGAAGACUCUGACUAUUUAGACGAGGUUACCGAUUACAGCAGUGAUGAUAGCAAUGAUAGCACCAGAAGAGAGCUUCGCAAAAUCAAUAAAGCCGUGGCCAAGAAGAAAGGCUCCCAGAAACAAUUAAAGACAGAGGUUGAAGAAUAUCGUAAACAGCUACAACAUAAGGAAUCGGAAAUGUCUCAGAUCAGUAAAGCGGCAGAAGAAAAAGUUGCAGCCGAGAUAGAGAAAAUAAACAUGAUGGUGAGAGAGAGUGAAUUAAGAUCUAGCAAAACAAUUGAAGAACUGAGGUUUGAGAUGGCAAAAAGAAAUACACAGAUGCAAGAGAUAGAAGAAGAGAGGGAAACAUUAAAAAAGUUUUAUGAGGAAGAGAAGAACUUUGCACGAGAAAAGCUUGAGGCAACUAAACGACUGUCAGAAAAAGUGAGUGAGUUUGAGUCACUUGCUCAUCACAAGGAGGAAGAGAUCAACUCACUCAAAGAAUUCAAAACAAAGUCUGAAAAAGCACAACAAGAGCUGCACGAAAAGUCAGAGCGCCUUCGUGUCACAGAGGAAGAUGUUAGCAACUUGCAGAGAGCUAUCCAAGAGUUAUCGCUGCACAAGGACUCUAAAGAAAGUUUGAUACAGCAGCUAAUGAAGAAAGAACAAGAGAUCGAGCGACUAACCACCAAGUGCAAAGACCUAGAGAAAGAGGAUAAGGAAAACGAGAAAUGCAUCUUCAAACUACAAGCAGAGAUCAUGCGUCUACGUCCUCUUGAAAAAUCGACGAAAAAAUAUGAGGCGGCUAUUAAAAAGUCUAAGCUGUUGUUUGAGGCCAUGCAAACUGAUGUGCAUAUCAAGAAUCUUCAGAUGGCUCAAUUACGGCAAGAGGUAACCGAGCUAAAAUCACAGGUGCUCCAGACAAAAGCAACUCUAAAAUUAGAGGAUCAGCCAAGUAAUUCAGACGACACUGGGAAGAAAAACGACGAUAACAGAGAUAAUAAUGGAGUUAAGGAUCCCGCAGUCAUCGGCAAUGUGACUGGAGAAACUUCUAAUGGUAUCAUUACUACUGAUGGUGCAUGCGAGGCUCGUAGAGUUGCAGAUUAUGUUGAUGCUGCUCCGUCACGAGAAAACAAAAAUGAGCAGAUAGCACGCUUGAAGGAUCGAGUGAUCCACAUGGCAACUGUCAUGCAGAAAGUGAGAGAAGAGCAUCGUAUUGCAAUGACUGAAAAAGAGAACGAGAUACUAAAUAUCAAGCAAGCUUUCGCCGUCAUGAAAAAGUUAUUCAAUGGGUUGCAAGCUGAGCUGAAGAAAAGUGAAUUUAUGAGUAAGACAAUGUCGGAGAAUAUAUCGGAUGCUACUUUGGUGAUUGAAGAGUUUGGCACCCAGGUUGAUAUACUGCGAAAGGACGUCGAGAAUAAGACAGAAAUGCUGAAAGGGCUGAAGGAGAGAAUUGUGGAGAUGAAAAAGUCCAACGAUGCAAUAGACAAACGUAAACUCAAGGCCAAUGAGAACGUGAAAAAGCUGCUCACGGCUGAAGUAGAAGAAAAGAAGCGUAGGUUGCAGCGGUACGAACGACUACAAUCAAGUUUGAAUGAAGCAUAUAAGGAAGCUAGUAAAUCAUCAGUUGAUGGGACGAGAGAUGAGAGCCGCAAUGAAGAAAUCACACAAACAAGUUGUAACGAAACAUCAGGGAAGACACCUAUCAAAGAAGAAGUAAUCAAUGCCACUGAGCACAAUACAUUGAUGGCUGCUUCUCCAACCGAUGACAUAUUUGAGCAAGAGCUACAAGAAAUAAUAUACAAAAAGCAUGUUGAUAUUUCUAAAAACGAAUUCAGAAUGCUGCAGGGAACAGUUGAGCUACCUCCAACAGAAUGGAAGGUCCGACUGGUGUUUUAUGUAGUUGCUGGCUGUCUUCUAAGCUUGGUAUCUUACCAUGUUGACCCCAAGCAUCUGCCUCUCGUGUUUGGUCUAUUAGGGACGCCUGUACUCUUUGCUCUGACAACCUUCGAGAUAUCCCGCUAUCGCAAAAAUGCAAGAGAGAGCUUGAAGCGUAUUGGACUUGUUAACGCAAAAGAUGAGUUCAGUCCUGAAGCGAAAGUCGUGAUCGAGCAGCUUAGACUACAAAUAGAGAGUGACAAGGAGGUUAUUGAAGACCUUAAACAAGAGCUAGAGGGCACCCAGCCAUUGCCAUCAGGCGAGGACGAAGAAACUGAUGAAGUUGAUGUUCUUGAGGAGCAGAGACAUCGCAUCAGCAGCUUAGAGGGACAUUUGAAGUUGGUAGAAAAGGCAAGACUUGAAGAUGACGAUCGUAAUAACAUAAAUUUUGAGGAGUACAAGCGCUUACGAAAUGAGUUAGAGAUUCUUAAGAAGAAACGGGCUCAAGAGGAACUUCAGGAAGCCAUGAUGAUGAAAAGAAAGAACCAGGCAGAAGGCUGUCUAGAUAAGGAUAUCAAAUGGAUCAAUCUGGGAAUUGCCUCUCUUCCGCUUUGGGCUGCACUAGCUAUUGCACUGAUGCAGGUCACGACAACGCACCCUUUUGCACCAUUCAGUGUGCUUUUGUUACUGGUCAUCACUUGUGCUAACGUGUGGUAUGGGAAGAAAGUGGUCAUGAAAAAGCUCAUCGAAGAAAGGAAAAUUGUGGAGGAGCAGAAUGAGGAGCUGGACGAUUUGACUGAACUUUUAGAGAAAGAACAUGACGUGGUACAGGCGCAAAAAGAAGCUAUCGACACAAUGGUGAGGGAGAUUGACAAUGAGCAUGUAAGCCUCAAAGAGAAGAGAAUGACCCUGGCAAAGAUGAUAUGGCAAGUUAAGGAGAUGGAAGAAAUGAGAGCUGCCAUCAUCGACACAGACUCCUCACAGCUAAAUGAUGAAGUAAUAAAGACAUCAAUGAAAGCUCUAGCUCAAGAGAUAGCAGUUGAGUUGCCUGAUGACGACAGUGUUGUAGCAGAAAAUCUACUGCAGCUAGCAAGCACAUCAGCAACACCUAAUGUCAUGCAAGGGCAAGUAGCAGUUUCUCCAAAGCACAAGAAACUUAAAGCAAUAGCCGAUAUGGUGAUAAGCAUCUUGGCUUUGGUCGUAUCUAUAGUGUACAAAUCUGGAGUAGUUUCAGGUCUUAUUGCUCUGCAGCUUUUCUUGCAGUUUGUGUAUAGGAAAGCUGAAGAGAGUUCAUCAAAAGUUUCAGAAAACCUUCAAAAGAAAUUGGAGUUUGAAAGAAAGCGCUGUAAAACAUACAAAGAGCAAGCUGUCAAGCUAAAAAAGCUCUAUGAGGCAGAGAAAAAUACGAAAACCACAGAUGAGUUUGCAAAGGUUGUUCAAGACAGACAACAGCGGCGUAAAAAAACAGUCAAUGAAUGACGUCAUUGUUCAAAAUAUGGUAGCUCAAAAUAACUAUUCAUUUAUUUUCAUGUAUAUAGGUCAAAAGAACUUUCAGGUAUAAUGUCAAAAGAACUUUUCUUAUUUAACUGGUUGCAUUAUAGUAAUGUUUAAAAGAGCAACAGGGCUAUCUGAAAUGUUUAUUUGUUAAUAAUUGAAACCAUGCAGAUUUAGAUAGGAGAAAUAGUAGCCAUAAUCAUAAAUCUAUGUUCAAAUAACAAAUGCCAUAGUUCUAUUUCUACAUGAGAUCUACAUACAGCUUUAAAAUUUUACAUGAGAGAAACAAGCAACCCAAGCCAAAGAUGAAAAAACAGAUGUUUCUUUUUUUCCUUUUUACCUUCUUUUAUUAUAUAGCUUAGUGUAAAUAUUAUCAUAAAGAUCAAAGCUUAGCUUUAAUAAACUACAAACAACGGUACAAAGCAGUGUUAUGAAUAAAGUCCCUACCGUGUUCUAUCAGUAAA